GGUCAGGAGAGAUUCCGCCAGCUUGCUCCAUCGUAUAUCAGAGACGCUGAUGUCAUAUUAAUCGUUUUCGAUCUCACAGCCUCAAAUGCAGUUGAGCAAAUAACUCGAUGGAUGUUGUUCGUUGAGGGUGAACGGGAAGAAGGAGCAAACAUUAUCUUUGUUGGCAACAAAUGCGACAUAAGGCAAAGGUGUGCAUCAUAUCUAUAUAGACAAAACACAGCUGUGAAUAACGUUGUGCUUAGACGGAAUGAUGCUUCUGUAACGACGAGAAUGAUGUCAGAAUAUAAAGCACCUUAUGUAGAGACUUCAGCCAAAACAGGAUUGAAUGUCAAAGAAGUGAGGAUUACUCUCCGUGUUUGA